CGCCCGGCCCGCACAUGGGCUCAGGAUGCCCGUGCGGAGGGGCCACGUCGCGCCGCAGAACACCUUCCUGGACACGAUCAUCCGCAAGUUUGAGGGCCAGAGCCGCAAGUUCAUCAUCGCCAACGCCCGAGUGGAGAACUGCGCCGUCAUCUACUGCAACGACGGCUUCUGCGAGCUGUGCGGCUACUCGCGGGCCGAGGUGAUGCAGCGGCCCUGCACCUGCGACUUCCUGCACGGGCCGCGCACGCAGCGCCGCGCCGCAGCGCAAAUCGCGCAGGCCCUGCUGGGGGCGGAGGAGCGCAAAGUGGAGAUCGCGUUCUACCGGAAAGAUGGGAGCUGCUUCCUGUGUCUGGUGGACGUGGUGCCUGUGAAGAACGAGGAUGGCGCUGUCAUCAUGUUCAUCCUCAACUUUGAGGUGGUGAUGGAGAAGGACAUGGCGGGGUCCCCAGCUCGAGACACCAAUCACCGGGGGCCCCCCACCAGCUGGCUAGUGCCUGGCCGAGCCAAGACCUUCCGGCUGAAGCUUCCUGCACUGCUGGCCUUGACUGCCAGGGAGUCGUCAUCCAUUCGGCCAGGGGGCACAGGUGGCGCGGGUGCCCCAGGGGCUGUGGUGGUGGACGUGGACCUGACGCCCGCGGCACCCAGCAGCGAGUCACUGGCCCUGGACGAAGUGUCAGCUCUGGACAACCAUGUGGUGGGACCGGCGGAGGAGCGGCGCGCACUGGUGGCCCCAGGCUCCCCGCCCGCCAGUGUGCCCGGCCCUCCACACACCUCGCCCAGGGCCCACAGCCUCAAUCCUGAUGCCUCCGGCUCCAGCUGUAGCUUGGCUCGGACGCGCUCCCGGGAGAGCUGCGCCAGCGUCCGACGAGCCUCCUCGGCUGACGACAUCGAGGCCAUGCGUGCUGGAGCGCUGCCUCCGCCCCCGCGCCACGCCAGCACCGGGGCCAUGCACCCCCUGCGCAGCGGCCUGCUAAACUCCACCUCAGACUCUGACCUCGUGCGCUACCGCACCAUUAGCAAGAUCCCCCAAAUCACCCUCAACUUUGUGGACCUCAAGGGCGACCCCUUCUUGGCCUCGCCCACCAGCGACCGGGAGAUCAUAGCACCCAAGAUAAAGGAGCGGACCCACAAUGUCACCGAGAAGGUCACCCAGGUCCUGUCCUUGGGCGCUGAUGUGCUCCCCGAGUACAAGCUGCAAGCACCGCGCAUCCACCGCUGGACCAUCCUGCACUACAGCCCCUUCAAGGCUGUGUGGGACUGGCUCAUCCUGCUGCUGGUCAUCUACACGGCUGUCUUCACGCCCUACUCAGCCGCUUUCCUGCUGAAGGAGACCGAAGAGGGCUCCCAGGCCCCUGACUGCGGCUAUGCCUGCCAGCCACUGGCCGUGGUGGACCUCAUCGUGGACAUCAUGUUCAUUGUGGACAUCCUAAUCAACUUCCGCACCACCUAUGUCAACGCCAACGAGGAAGUGGUCAGCCACCCCGGCCGCAUUGCCGUCCACUAUUUCAAGGGCUGGUUUCUCAUCGACAUGGUGGCUGCCAUCCCCUUUGACUUACUCAUCUUUGGCUCCGGCUCUGAGGAGCUCAUCGGGCUGCUGAAGACCGCGCGGCUGCUGCGGCUGGUGCGCGUGGCGCGGAAGCUGGACCGCUACUCGGAGUACGGGGCGGCGGUGCUCUUCCUGCUCAUGUGCACCUUCGCGCUCAUCGCGCACUGGCUGGCCUGCAUCUGGUACGCCAUCGGCAACAUGGAGCAGCCGGACAUGAACUCGCGCAUCGGCUGGCUGCACAACCUGGGCGACCAGAUCGGCAAGCCCUACAACAGCAGCGGCCUGGGCGGGCCGUCCAUCAAGGACAAGUACGUCACGGCCCUCUACUUCACCUUCAGCAGCCUGACCAGCGUGGGCUUUGGCAACGUCUCACCUAACACCAACUCAGAGAAGAUCUUCUCCAUCUGCGUCAUGCUCAUUGGCUCCCUCAUGUACGCCAGCAUCUUCGGCAACGUGUCGGCCAUCAUCCAGCGGCUGUACUCGGGCACAGCCCGCUACCACACGCAGAUGCUCCGCGUGCGGGAGUUCAUCCGCUUCCACCAGAUUCCCAACCCGCUGCGCCAGCGCCUGGAGGAGUACUUCCAGCACGCCUGGUCCUACACCAACGGCAUCGACAUGAACGCGGUGCUGAAGGGCUUUCCCGAGUGCCUGCAGGCUGACAUCUGCCUGCACCUGAACCGCUCGCUGCUGCAGCACUGUAAGCCGUUCCGUGGGGCCACCAAGGGCUGCCUGCGGGCCCUGGCCAUGAAGUUCAAGACCACACACGCACCGCCGGGGGACACGCUGGUGCACGCUGGGGACCUGCUUACUGCCCUCUACUUCAUCUCCCGGGGCUCCAUUGAGAUACUGCGGGGCGACGUCGUUGUGGCCAUCCUGGGGAAGAAUGACAUCUUUGGAGAGCCUCUGAACCUGUAUGCACGGCCUGGCAAGUCCAACGGGGAUGUGCGGGCCCUCACCUACUGCGACCUGCACAAGAUCCAUCGGGAUGACCUACUGGAGGUGCUGGACAUGUACCCUGAGUUCUCAGACCACUUCUGGUCCAGCCUGGAGAUCACCUUCAACCUUCGAGAUACCAAUAUGAUCCCGGGUUCUCCUGGCAGCACCGAGUUAGAGGGUGGCUUCAACCGGCAACGCAAGCGCAAGCUGUCCUUUCGCAGGCGCACCGACAAGGACCCUGAGCAGCCUGGGGAGGUGGCGGCCUUGGGGCCAGGCCGGGUGGGCGCAGGGCCCAGUGGCUGGGGCCGGCCAGGAACGCCAUGGGGAGACAGCCCGUCCAGUGGCCCUUCCAGCCCGGAGAGCAGUGAGGAUGAGGGUCAGGGCCACAGCUCCAGCCCCCUGCGCCUGGUGCCCUUCUCCAGCCCGAGGCCCCCCGGGGAACCACGGGGCACGGAGCCCCUGACGGAAGAUGGUGACAAGAGCGACACGUGCAACCCGCUGUCUGGCGCUUUCUCUGGGGUGUCCAACAUUUUCAGCUUUUGGGGGGACAGUCGGGGCCGCCAGUACCAGGAGCUGCCUCGAUGCCCUGCCCCUGCCCCCAGCCUCCUCAACAUCCCUCUGUCCAGCCCGGGCCGGCGGCCCCGGGGCGAUGUGGAGAGCAGGCUGGAUGCCCUGCAGCGGCAGCUCAACAGGCUGGAGACCCGGCUGAGUGCAGACAUGGCCACUGUUCUGCAGCUGCUACAGAGACAAAUGACACUGGUCCCUCCUGCCUACAGUGCUGUGACCACCCCAGGGCCCGGCCCCACCUCCACCUCUCCCUUGCUGCCCAUCAACCCCGUCCCCACCCUCACCCUGGACUCGCUUUCUCAGGUUUCCCAGUUUGUGGCGUUCGAGGAGCUUGCCCCGGGAGCCCCAGAGCUCCCGCAAGAUGGCCCUACUCGGCGCCUCUCCCUGCCCGGCCAGCUGGGGGCCCUCACCUCCCAGCCCCUGCACAGACACGGCUCAGACCCGGGUAGUUAGUGAGGCUGCCUGGUGUGGACACGUGGCUCACCAGGGUUCUGCGCACUGCCUGGGCCGCUCCCCUCGGAGGCCCUGGCCAGGAGGCCCUGGCCGUAGAGGGGAGACCGGUGAAGGAGCAGCUCCUCCCUCGCCCUUGGGACCAUGUCCUCCUGCAGUCCCCUGGGCCCCACUGGGAGGGGCAGGGGCAGGGCCGGGCAGUGGACAGGGGAUCUGUGGUCCCCCCACUGCCCUGGGGGCAUUAGCUGGUCUAACUGCCCGGAGGCACCCGGCCCUGGGCCUUAGGCACCUCAAGGACUUUUCUGCUAUUUACUGCUCUUAUUGUUAAGGAUAAUAAUUAAGGAUCAUAUGAAUAAUUAAUGAAGAUGCUGAUGACUAUGAAUAAUAAAUAAUUAUCCUGA